UGCAACCUAAAAUGCACCACCGCCUACCGAAUCAGUAAUCACCGAUCGAAUAAAAUCCACCUCCUUCGUCACACCUUCAGCCACUAUCUCCAAUCUGUACCCGACUAUAAUUUCCUCUUUCUUCAAUCACAUCCCCGCUUGAAUCAAAUCUCAAAACCAAAAAUCAGAAAAACGGAGAUGACAAAAUCCACAGCACCAGAAGGUCAAACCUUAGAGUAUUUACCAUCUGUACUUUUAGCUUCAAUAAUGACCAAAUUAGAUGUCUCUUCGAUCUGUUCUGUUGCUUCUACUUGUAAAACUUUUAAUGCUUGUGCUUCUCAAAUCCUUUCGUUUCUCCCUAAUUUCCAUCUCAUUGAUAUAGCACCUCCAAUGAAGCAGUUGACUCCUUUAUUGCCUACAAAUCCUUACUUGAAAAGUAUUAGAGUUGACUGUAAACGACUUGAUGAUAAGGCUAUUGAUUGCUUACUGAAACCUUCUUUGGAGGAGCUUUAUCUGUAUAACUGUGAAGAUUUCAGCGGAAAAUUGCUUUCCAGGAUUGGAUUUCAGUGCAGCAAUCUUAAGUCUCUCUACUUGGGUUUAGUGGCUGAGAAAAGAGGGCGAAGUAUCUGGGUUUCUGAUCUGGAGGAAUUACUCUGUGGUUGUUCAGUAUUAGAAUCACUGAGCCUGAUGUUUGAUAUCUCGAUGUUUCUGCCGGAUCAUUCUGCUCUAGCAUGGACACUUGCUUCGCCAAAUCUUGUAAAUCUUGAGAUUGGUGAGAUCUCUUCAAUUCUGAUGAGUGAAAUACUUAACCCCACUGCAGAACGUCAGCAGCAGCUGCUCCCAUCUGAGAUGCAGACACCCAUGCUGCCCAACAUCCAAAAGCUGUGCAUUACAGUAGAUUAUGUUACAGAUACUUUAGUUGGUACGAUUAGUGAAUGUCUGCUAAAUUUAACUCAUCUGGAUCUUCAAGAUGCCCCUGUCAUAGAGCCAAAUUCCUCGUUUGACCUCAGCAACUCUGGUCUUCAACGAAUUAACCAGCAUGGGAGAUUAAAGCAUCUCUCCUUGGUCCGGAGUCAACAAUAUCUCCGCACCUACUUCAGGCGAGUCAAUGACCUUGGUAUUCUCUACAUGGCAGAUAAGUGCUUGAAUAUGGAAAGCAUCUCUCUUGGUGGUUUCUGUCGUGUUACAGAUUCAGGUUUCAGGGCAAUAUUGCACUCAUGUGCAAACCUUCAAAAAUUGAGGAUCUCCCGUGGAGCCCAGUUAACAGAUUUGGUUUUCCAUGACAUAUCUGCAACCUCUCUCUCUCUUACGAAUGUUAGCUUGAGAUGGUGCAAUCUCUUAACCGACCAUGCAGUCGUGUGCUUAGCAUACAACAUGGAUCUCAAUGUUCUAGACUUGAGAGAAUGUCGACACCUAGGUGACGAAUCGCUGAAAGCAAUUAGUGUUCUUCUUAAGUUGAAGACGUUGCUGUUAGAUGACUCUGAUAUUACUGAUACAGGAUUGUCGUACUUGGGAGAGGGAGUACUGAGUUCGUUAACCUCUCUGUCUGUUAGAGGUUGCAAGAAACUUACGCACAAGUGUAUUUCUUCUAUAUUUGAGGGCUCUUCUGUUCGAUCAUUGCAGAACUUAGACCUCUCCUAUCUUCCUAAUUUCUCGGACAACGGGAUUCUGUUACUUGCUAAAACUAGGGCGCGGAUCAUUGAAUUACGUAUGCGGGGGUGUCCGCUCAUCGGCGACUCUUCGGUGAUGGCAUUGGCUUCGAUGCAAGUUGAGGAUGGUUGGUGGCACGGGAGUAGCUUGAGGUUGAUGGAUCUUUAUGAAUGCAGGGGAAUUACACAACUCUCAUUUCGAUGGUUUAAGAAGCCCUACUUCCCGAGGUUGAGAUGGUUUGGAGUGACAGGUAGUAUAAACGCAGUUAUGGUGGAAGCUCUAAAAAGGAGUCGGCCGUUGUUGCACAUUGCUUGUCGCGGUGAGGAAUUGGGAAUAGGUCACUGGGAUAGCUCAGAGGGUUUGUACAGGCAUGAUCGUGAAGAAGUAGAUGAACUUGAACAAUGGCUGCUUGAAGGUGAGAAUGGGACUGAUUAUGGAACCGAUUUUGAAAAUGAAGAUGGUGAGGGUGGGAUGGAUGAGGAUUACGAGGGUGAAGGUGGUCUGGAAAUUGCAGUUGAGAUUAAUAAUGGUGAUGAUGAAAUGGUGGAAUUGUUGUAAGUUAUAUCUUCUCUUGUAGCAUUGUUUUAAACAUUUUAAACCCUUUAUUAUGGCCUAUGGCUUUAUGCCUGACAUUAUUUUAACUUUUGUUUGUAGAAACUCUGAAACCCAUUUGUUUCAAAACAGAUAUCUCAAAAAAAAAAAAAAAAACUUCUGUUCCUAGU